AUGCAGGCGAUGGCACUGCAAACGCCCCUUCCCAUGGUCGCCCAGCGCGUGCCCCCGCGGCCGCCGUCCAGCGGUGACCUGACUGGGGAUGACGAUGACGGUCGUGACAGCGACCUUCGCUCACUCACAGCCAACAGCAAGCUGCUCGCCUCGCCCAGCAUUCGGCGCUCCCUUUUUGGCACCUGGCCCGAAGAGAGCCCCAGCAAUCGUGACAGCCGGCGCCAGGUGCAGCACCUCCGCGAACAACGGCGCCAGCAACGCCGCGACGAGCUGUUGGUCUCCAACAUCCUCUUACAGCUUCAUGAUCAACCGGCCAGCCGCAGUGGCCCGGGCACCCCCGAUGACGUCUUUGCUUUCCCCAGUGUCUGCUCGCCGACUCGGCCCGCGCGUGCACAGCUCGAGGAGCUCAAGCGACAGCGCCGCCACCAGCGUCUGCGCGAACAAGGCUCGCAGCACCAGCCCCCGCACCUGGUAGUGGCCCCCAUCUUGGCCCACGGCACCGUCACCACCAUCGCGCCUGAGGCGCACUUGUGUAUGAUAGUGUCAUGUGUUGAUUCCCGCUUCUGUGAUAGGGACCAGAAAAUCGAGAAGAGCAGUAGUAGCAGCAGUAGUAGUAGUAGUAGCAGCAGUAGUAGUAGUAGUAGCAGCAGUAGUAGUAGUAGUAGCAGUAGUAGCAGUAGUAGCAGCAGUAGCAGCAGUAGCAGCAGUAGCAGCAGUAGCAGCAGUAGCAGCAGUAGCAGUCGUCUCAGAGAGGAGAAAAAUGCAGAGAGGUAG